ACAGCCAUCAUGUACGAUUAGAUGACCGCAAAAAGUGUUUCUUUUCGAAUUGACGUUAUUCUUCAGAGUGUCAAUGAGUUACGUCAAGAAAAACAAGCACUGGAACAAAGAUAUGCAGAGGAAAAGUAUCGCAGCAAAAAUAUCGAAAUAAAGUUGGAGCAGGAGAGAGUAAAAUUUUGCCAAAGUCGUGACAGAAAUUCAAAGAUGCAAGAAACUGUAAAGCUUGCUCAACAGAAAGUUGCUCAAACUGAUAAUCAAGCUGAAAGAUUAAAUGAAAUAAAUGAUGCCAAACAAAAGAUCCUUGCUGGUUUGAACGAGAAAAUUAAAAUAGAAACUAUUCAGCAGGAAAAUGAUGCGAACGAAUUUCAGGUAAAAUUGAAAGAGCUAACCAAAUUUUUCAGAGACGCUAAAAGAACUUAUUCUCAAGGCAACCUGACAAAGGAAACUAAAGAAUGGAAGGAUAACAUGGAUACAAUAAUAAAUGAAGCUGAAGCGAAAACAAACGAGUUAGAAGAUGUGACAAAAGCUUUUGAAAAUCUUUCAGUAGACACAAGUAAAAUUAAAGAUCUGGUGGGCGAGAAAAUGGGACACCAGGGAUUAACGUUCAUGGAAUUGAAGGCUGCAAUCGAUCAACUGACACGAGCACAGGAACAACUCCAGAAAUUUUUGAAUUGGCUCGAAUCAUGUGAGAAUAACGCAGUUGCAGAAGUACAGCAUUUUACAGUGGAGCAGGAAUGUGGCAAUGGAAGGAUGGGAACUGAAAUGUCUGACGUUACUGUAAGAAAUAUAACUCUUGGACCAACAUCGGAAAAAAAUUUUCCCAACGGACAACAUUCAUCCGAAACUGAAUACCAUGAGACGAAAGAAAAUGACUCCAUCCUAAGAAACGACAUCCAACCACCAAAAAACGUUGACCAAAUGUUACGAAAUCCUCACCAGGUCCUAAAUCAGAAUGUCCAUGCACCGGAAGUGACUCAUGCAGUCCUUGAAGAUGAAGAUAACGUUAAUCAAGACGUAAUGAAUUUCCAUAAUAUCCUAAAUCAGAAUGAUCAAGGAAAUAACCAUCACGCUGUCUCAAACCAGAACAAGUGCAUGCCAGUCACACGCGCAACUUCAGCUCACUCAGUCUCUGCUGUCAACUCCCCUUCUUUCUUUAUUUCUCUUCCAUUUGGUCGUACUCGUUAA